CGCGGAUACGAGGGCUGCUGCUGCUUUUGGCUUUUGGCUUUUUCUCUUUGUAUUGGCCCACAGCCCCAAGAGCCCAAAGCCCAAAGCUCAACUUUGGACCAUCUCAGCUCCAUCAAUUCCGAAUAUGAUCUCAAUGUGAUUCUCAUCCGAUCUGCUCUCAUUCUUCCCAUCUAUUGUCUAGCCCAUCUUCCCUCUCUCUCUCUCUCUUCUUGGAUCUCCUCACAUUCCACCCGGACGCCACACCUCGUUCCUCCGAGGACAAGAUGUUCUCGUGAACCUCUCGUGGACCACGAUCCUGAAAGUAUAAAUUUAGAAACCAUCUACCCAAUCGCCAUUCACUGCCGAUCCUGCAAACCUCCACUCCAUCAGCCUUCCCGCUGCGUUGUUCCUCUUCGUGUACACACACGUCUUCCCCCCCACUCCCCAUCUCUCCCUCACCACAUCCCAUCCUUUGGCUCAUGGACCUUGAGGCCCUUGGACCGUGACCCUGGAGACUUGAUACAAGUCAUGCCCCUCUUCAGGAAUAGAAAGUCCAAGUCUCCGUCCAAUCCGCCAUCCACUCCUUCUCCCCCGUCUCGAUAUCAUCCUGCCCGCUCCGUGGAACAACUGGGUCACCCCGCGUUCGUUGCUCCACCGCCCCCCAUCAACGCCCUCAAUAACAACAGCAAUCAACGACUCGACCACUACCCGGAUCAUCGCCCUUCUGAUUAUCGUCCGAACUACGACGGUUCCAGCUCAACCUCCACCGACUUGGCUCCGCCACCACCCUCACAUCAGCGGCCACCGCAGCUUCAGGAACGACCACAACCCGCCUCGGUGCAUCGCUCCCAGAGCCAACGUCAGCCCCACCUGCAACAACGCGACCGACCGACGGCCGCAGUCGCCCCCGAGGACCCCCAACCUCGUCGUUCAAAAAAGAGCUUGUUCGUGCGACCGGCGUCCGGGUUUCUCGAGCGCAGUGUCUCCGUCAAGGGGAAAACCAUCUCCCAUCCCGUCUCCCAGCCCACGUCGCCGCAGCAAUCCCCUCACAAUCCCUUGAGCCUGACCGACCAGGAUCAGUACGGUCGUCAUCCACAGAGUUAUUCGGCCAACUCGUCCCCCGUCUCUAAUUCUAAUAUUCCCCCGUAUGAACCGCGUUCCGCAUCCUUAGCCUACCAACAGCAGAACCACCAGCAGCAAUCCCAGCGAGCCUCGCGCGAUAACCUCGACUGGCCCCCGCAGCAACUAUCGCAACAACCACCACCACCUGCUCCUCCACCACACCAAUCGCAGUCGCAGUUGUUGCAACAGCCUCUACCACCGCAACAACGCACUUUCCCCUCCCCGCUCGAGCGCUCCAGUACCGAUCCAAGCUUCCUCGAGCAGCCUAGUAGCCGCCCAUCGCCCACCGACGCGCCGCCCGAGUCGCCUCGUUAUACUCCAGAUCACCAGGGCCAUCGGCCCCAACCGUCCCAGUCACGUAUCCAGCAGGACCUGGUAUUCCAUUCCCGGCCCCCAUCCCGGCAGACUCUCGAGCUCCUUGCCCCAUUCGGUCCGCAAAUCCAUCCUGACGCCAUGCAGCAGGCUUCUUCACAGGUGCCGCCAUCCCAGAGCCAGUCGCAAUCGCCGCAGCAGCAGCAGCAGCCACCGCCGACUCCCAUUGCGAACGAUCGGGCCCUGGCCGACUCGAGUCGACAGGGUAGUACCGCUCAAAACAUGCCAGAACCGGGACGGGGCACUCCAACCGGGACGCGGACGAUCGAAGACCCGAGCGAGAUUGACGUGCGGGCAUUGCUGCAGAAACAUGAGGAAUUACAAACCAAAUACUCCAAGGUGAAACGGUAUUACUUUGACAAGGAAGCGCAGGUGCAGCAUCUUCAGAAUACGGUGGCCCAUCAGCGUAUGGCCGUGUCUCGGACUGUAUUAGACGAUAACGAAUACGCAAACCGAUUUACCCGGUUGGAUGGAGCGAUCAAGGACCUGGCCUUUUCGGUGCGCAAAGAUUGGCGGGGCAUUCCCCCGUGGCUACAUGGGUUGGUGACGGACGAUGCGACUACCGUCGGUACGAAGGAGAUGACGGCAGUCGGACGUGCCGUGAUCAGUCGGUGGUUAGUGGAAGAGGUCUUUCAACGGCAUUUCCACCCCGCCUUGGACCCAGCCCUAAGCAUCCAGCUCAAGAGUAUCGAGAUGAACCUGCGACGACAGCAGAUGCGACAGUCUACCGAUGAAGAACGCGAGAACGCGACCGUGCGGCUCUCAAAUUGGCGCCGGACAACCUUUGACGGACUCGGCGAUACACUUUCCACCCCGGCUGCUCAAGAGCAUCGCGCAGAGCUAGUCGAACAUUCGAUCGCAGAGCUUGCCUCGUUCCUGACUAGUCAAUUACAUGAUGCAGCGUUGCCAGGUCUGGAAGCUGGUGUACGCAUGAUCAUUGAGAAUACCAUCAACAUCACGGAGAAAAUCCCACUCGAGGCCCGCGAUGUUUGCGUGGAUUAUUUCCCGCCGAACGUCCCCUUUGUCGACGGGUACAUGAAAGUGGAAGCCGGGCUGCCACCACUUCCCCACCCCCCACCACCAGCAGACCAAGAUGCCGACGAUCCUGCGGCCAUCGAGGACGACUCUUCGCCCGCUUCCGUCUCCACCGGGCCCGGGGACACCGGGUCGGCACCCGCACCCAAGCCGCAAAAGAAAUCCGUCUUUGGCGCGUUAAUGGGUCGUAAACCUACUGGCCCGGGUCCCAGUCGCGCCUCCCCCGGCACACACGAAGAAAAGCCCGCUCCGACUGAGGAACGAGAGACCGCACCACGAAUCCGUUUUGCAUCAUUCCUCACGGUCGAAGUCCGUGGUAAAGGACCGCCAAUGGUUCUCGUCAAAGCCCCCGUAUGGAUGAUCGAGUAAAUAAUUCACGCGCAAAGGUUCGUAGUUGACCGUGGCAGCGAGAGAGAUGGAGAGAGAUUUAGAGGUGGUAGGGCAGAGUGCAGCUGUACAUAAAAGCAGGAGUGGUACAUCCCAGCAUCGUGGUUACCCCAUGAUUCAAAGCAAUGAAAUCCCCCACCCCCACCCCCACCUCCUUUCGUUAUGCUGGGGUUGUGUCGGGGCACUGAUGAUCUGGUUCUUUUUUUCCCUGGAUACAUACAUUGUAUAGGGAUUGGAGUUCGAGGGUGAAUCAAGGCCAUGGAAACUUGACUACAAUGGGCGAUGGUUAAUAGCCCUCGGUGCUAUAGUCGGGUAGAUUUCCAAAUCGUUGAAAAUCACAAGUAUAGGCCAUAUAUUUGUCUUUCUUUCUCCUCCGAGCGAAUCAGGCGUUUCC